AACAUCAUAUUGAGUCCGGCGGAAGUAAGAAGCAGUUAGUAGCAGAGCAGACAUAGCUGUUUUUAGCUGUUGGUGUGUUUAUCUAAUAAAAACCAAAAGGCCUGCAUGCUAUCUGAUGUUUAACUACUUCGCUCACAAUGUCUUCCGUCCAGUGCUUCAGAAACUUUAUCAACGAGCGACUAACUGCUGCUGCUGAAGAGAUAUUAGGAGUCUUUGAGAGAACCAUCGUCGAGUAUGAAGAAGAGAUCGACCGACAACGCAAACUGCUGGAUAUCGCUCUGAAGCCAGAGAUCAAACUACAUAAGAAAAAGAUCUCACAGUUAUCUGUCUGUAAUGAGGAAGUUCUUGCAGACCAGCAGCUCUGUUUUCAGGAGUGGAACUCCAGUCUGGACCAAGAGGACCCAGAGCCUCCACAGAUUAAAGAGGAACAGGAGGAACUCUGCACCAGUCAGGAGGAAGAGCAGCUUGUACUGAAGCAGAAGACUGAUAUGUUUAAGUUGAGGCCUAUUUGUGUGGGAAGGGAUCACAGUGAAGAUCAGACUCUGCUUCCGGAUCCACUGCCACCGACCAACACCGCAGUUAUAGUAAUAAAAUCUGAAUCUGACGGUGAGGGCUCAGGUGUAUCAGAACCAAACGAUGACCACCGCCUUCCUCACGACUCUCGCAGAGCUAAAAGCCAAGACCAAGCGAGAGGGAACCAAGAGAAUGCAAGUUCUGAUGAUCAGAAACCAGAGGACAAACAUUUCAAAUGUGUAUUUUGCGCUGAGGAGUUUCAUGAUUUCUUGAAGUUAAAAAUUCACCUAAGGACCCACACCGGUGAAAAGCGUUUCAAAUGUGACACCUGUGGGAAAGGGUUCACCCAGAAGGCUCUGAUGAGGAAACACAUGAUGACCCACACGGGGGUGAAGCCCUUCAGAUGCAGAGUUUGUGGGAAGGAAUUCAACUGUCAGUCAAACCGCGUCACUCAUAUGAAAACUCACUCAGGUGAGAAGCCCCACGCUUGCGACACCUGCGGGAAAGGUUUCAGCCGUGGCGCAGACUUGAGGAGGCACACCCGAACUCAUACGGGGGAGAAACCGUACAGCUGUGUCUUCUGUGAAAAAGAGUUUUCUUACCACUCAUCUCUCACAAAUCACGUCCGACUGCACACAGGGGAGAAGCCAUAUAAAUGUAUUUGGUGUGGGAAAAGGUUUGCUGUCAGCACAACGUUGAAAAUACACACCAGAGUCCAUACAGGGGAAAAGCCGUAUCAAUGCAACAUUUGUGGGAGGAAUUUUGCUCAUAGCACAGGACUGACAUUACACAAGAGGAUCCAUGCACGGGAGAAACAACAGAGCAUAAAAGUUCAUCUCAGUUUUAAUUCAACAAUGGAUUCAGUCCAAAGUAUGAGACAGUUCGUCAGUGAUCGUCUCACUGCGGCUGCUCAGGAGAUAUUAGGAACCUUUGAGAGGAAAGUAGAAGAUUUAGAGACAGAAAUCGCUCGACAGCGCAGAAUACUGGACGUCGUGUUGACACCUGAGCUCAAGUUACGACGGACAGAUCUCCUACGCACUCAUGUCCCUAAGGAGGAGGUUAUCCUGUAUCAGCAGCAGCAGCAGCAGCAGCAGCAGCAGCAGCACCAUGAGACGAGAUCCAGAUUGGUCCCACCAGAUCCUCCACCGAUUAAAGAGGAACAUGUGGAAAUGUGCAUCAGUCAGGAACAACCGCCGCUUGCACAGCAACAGGAAGCUAACGCCUCUAAGGUGACUCCAACUUGUGAGGGAAGUGUCCACAGUGACCGGUCUCAGCCUUUGGACCCUGACCAAACUGAGAGUGCAGCGACUAAAGAUCCUCAAUCCAGCAUCUCAAACAAAGAUAUAUUAUCUGGAUCUGACAGGGAGAGUUCUGCAGCAUCAGCACCAAGCACUGACCAGCAGCUCCUCUCUCACAAAUCUCCUGUGAGAGCUGAGAACCAAGAUCAGAUAACUUGUAACCAUGGAAGUGCAACACCCGCCAGAAAUAUUGAGUCAACACCAAAUAAGAAAAGCAACGACGAGGACACAACAUCAGCUACAAGUACAGCACAAACGUCUGAAAAGAAAAGCAACGAUGGGAACACAACAUCAGCUACAAGUACAGAGCAAACGUCUGAAAAGAAAAGCAAUGAUGGGAACACAACAUCAGCUACGAGUACGGAGCAAACGUCUGAAAAGAAAAGCAACGAUGGGAACCCAACAUCAGCUACAAGUACAGAGCAAAAGUCUGAAAAGAAAAGCAACGAUGGGAACACAUCAGCUACGAGUACGGAGCAAACGUCUGAAAAGAAAAGCAACGAUGGGAACCCAACAUCAGCUACAAGUACAGAGCAAACGUCUGAAAAGAAAAGCAACGAUGGGAACACAACAUCAGCUACGAGUACGGAGCCAACACCACAUGGGAAAGAUAAUGAGAACACCACCUCAGAUGAGACACCAACUACAAAAGGAAAGAGUAAGCCAACACCAAAUAAGAAAAGCCAAGAUGGGAGACAAACCUCAACUGGAAGUGUUGAGCCAACAUCAAAUGAGAAAGAGCUCCCUCAGCAAUAUGUCUGUAAGGAUGAGAAGAAGGAAGUUCUUCUUGACCAGCAGCUCUGUAAUCCAGAGAGGAACUCCAGUCUGGACCAAAAGCCUCCCCAGAUCAAAGAGGAACAGGAGGACAUCUCCACCAGUCAGCUUGUACUGAAGCAGGAGAGUGCAGUAGAGGAUGAUCCCCUUGACAAAAUCCGUAUUGAAUGUGUAAGAUCUGAAUGUGACAGGACGGACUCUGGAGUAUCAGACCCAAAGAGUGACCAUCAGCUCCUCUCUCACACCUCCCGUGUUGCUGAUAACCAAGACCCCAGGAGGGAAAGCCAUGGAAACGCAACACCGAUGACAAAUACUGAGCUAAACCCAAAGAACUCUGGGAACUCAACAUCAACUACAAAUACUGAGCCUAAACUGCCGAAGAAGUCUGGGAACACAACACCAACGACAAAUACUGAGCCUAAACUGCCGAAGAAGUCUGGGAACACAACACCAACGACAAAUACUGAGCAUAAACUGCCGAAGAAGUCUGGGAACACAACAUUAAAUAAUGAGCCUAAACUGCCGAAGAAGUCUGGGAACACAACAUCAACUACAAAUACUGAGCCUAAACUGCCGAAGAAGUCUGGGAACACAACACCAACAACAAAUACUGAGCCUAAACUGCCAAAGAAGUCUGGGAACACAACAUCAACUACAAAUACUAAGCCUAAACUGCCAAAGAAGUCUGGGAACACAACAUCAACUACAAAUACUGAGCCUAAACUGCCGAAAAAGUCUGGGAACACAACGCCAAAGACAAAUACUGAGCCUAAACUGCCGAAGAAGUCUGGGAACAUAACAUCAACUACAAAUACUGUAAAACCAAAAGAGACCUCUGUGAAUACAACCCCAACCACAAAUACUGUGCCAAAACCAAAGAAGAAACAUAAUUCAGAGAAUACAUCAAUUACCAAUAUUGAGCUAAACCCAAAGAAGUCUGGGAACACAUCAUCAACUACAACUACUGAUACUGAACUGCCGAAGAAGUCUGGGAACACAACAUCAACUACAAAUACUGAGCCUAAACUGCCUGGGAACACAACAUCAACUACAACUACUGAGCCUGAACUGCCGAAGAAGUCUGGGAACACAGCAUCAACGACAAAUACUGAGCCUAAACUGAAGAGGAAGUCUGAGAACACAACAUCAACGACAAAUACUGAGCCUAAACUGAAGAGGAAGUCUGAGAACACAACAUCAAUGACAAAUACUGAGCCUAAACUGAAGAGGAAUUCUGGGAACACAACAUCAACGACAAAUACUGAGCCAAAACCAAAGAAGAAACAUAAUGCAGAGAAAACAUCAACUACAAAUUCUGAGGCAAAACCAAAGAAGAGCCCAAGGAACACAGAAUCAACCAUAAGCACUGAGACGAAACCAAAGAAGAAUGAGGAUGCAAGAUCAGCUACAAGCAUUGAGCCAAAACCAAAGAGUAAAUGUAACAAUGGCCAUGCCACAUUAACUUCAAAUCAUACACAAAAAACACAAGAGAGUCACCAUGGGAACGCAAAAUCAGCUGAUACUACUGAGCCGAACCCCCAAAACAAACCUUACAAGUGUGACGACUGCGGUAAACCCUUUUCUUACAUGAAAAACUUGAAAGUUCACAUGAGAAUCCACACGGGUGAAAGGCCGUUUAAAUGCAGCUACUGUGAAAGGAAGUUCGUCCAGAAGUCGACCUUGAAACGACACAUAAAAACUCACACUGGAGAAAAGCCCUUCAAUUGCAGCACAUGUGGGAAAAGGUUCGCCCAGUUUGCUGCGGUGACUAACCACAUGAGAACUCACACAGGCGAGAAGCCGUACGUUUGCAGAACCUGUGAGAAAACAUUCAGCUGCGGUGCUAAUUUGAAGAAGCACUCCAGGGUUCACACCGGCGAGAAGCCGUACACCUGCAUCGAAUGCGGGAAGGAGUUUGCAGAUUCCUCGGCGUUCAAAAUUCACCUUCGAGUGCACACAGGGGAGAAGCCGUAUAAAUGCCCUCAAUGCAGGAAAAGAUUCUCAAUCAGCACGACUUUGACAAAGCACAUUAGAACACACACAGGUGAAAAGCCGUAUCAGUGUGACACUUGUGGAACCAGUUUUGCUCAAAAAACAGACUUGAUAACACACAUUAGGAUCCACACAGGCGAGAGACCGUACAUAUGCCGUUUGUGUGGAGCUGCGUUCAUAAGCAACACAAAACGGUGUAGUCACAUGAGUGUUCAUAAAGAUGUCUUACGGAAGGGCAGUUCUUAAAAGUUUUAAUUGUACCUGACUAAUCAAUAGGGCCUUUUUUUUAUAGAUCAUGUAAUAAAAAUUCUCUGCAUGGGCAUAACAACAAUGAACUUUGGCCUUAGAGAUAGUCUUGGAGGUUUAUGCCUUUGCUUUCCAGAGCACACUGCUGUUGAAAUGGCUGACACAAGCACACAUAUGCAAUGACUGGUAAGUGAUGACAUCACAACCCAUGUGGAAAUGGAUGUCGAAAUUCUGAGACAGAUCUGAUAGACCGGUUACAACACGUGCCUCUGCAGGAAAAACACUCAUGGUCCCAUUCUGCCAUCAUGUGGUCUUUUUUAUAUUUGCAUCAUUGAAUUUUAUAUUUUUGAGUAGGCGAUAUUGUCUGUGGUGGUGGUGUGUUAAUGUGCAAAUUGUACGUACAUGUUUAGGCUGUAUAUUUCUGCUUUUAAUGCUGCUGUCAGCUGCCCAAUUUUUAUUGGUAUUGUGAAUUAAUUUCUUGUAUAGUGGCUGAACUUUUUCUAUUCUGGUGUUUGUUUGGCAUGUGAUGCUUUCAUGCAGCUGAUGUUUUUGUCUCUCAAUUAAAUUGUGAUGUGUGAGGUAAUCCCUCAUGUAAAGCUUAUUAAAUUAUCAACCUUAUCUGUCUCAUGUUGUUAAAGAGAAACCUUCUAGCAGCAUUUAAUCAAAUAUAACCUAAUUCUGCUUUCCAUUUAUGUACUUGCACCAUUGAAGUCAAUAAAUAGUCAAAUAAUA